AUGGAUACUAGGCUGGGACAAGUUAUUGGCAGUAUAGCAGAUGUUAGUCAAGCUACCUUUAUUCCUAGACAGCACAUACAAGACCACAUCAUGCUUGCAUAUGAGUUGAUCAGAGGGUAUAGUGCAAAAAAUGGGACCCCUAGGUGUAUGAUCCAAAUGGAUAUCAAGAAGGCUUAUGAUAGUGUGGAGUGGACUGCAAUGGAAGACAUUAUGGUUGAGUUGAGCAUGCCUAACAAGUUUAUCAAUGGGACAAUGGUCAUGAUCAAAACUGUCUCAGACAGAAUACUGGAGAAGAUUGGUAGACGGAAGAAUUUUCAAUACCAUGCAAAAUGUGAGAAAAUUGGGAUAAUUAACUUGAGUUUUGCUGAUGACCACCUGGUGUUUGUUAAGGGUGACAUUACUUUUAUGAAAAUGUUGAUGACAGGGUUACAAACCUUCUCUGAUUCAACAGGUUUGGAGGUGAACCCCGCAAAAUGCAAAGUGUACUUUGGAUAUGUGGAGGAAGAAGCUAAGCAAGAUAUCAUAAGAGCUACUACUUUUGAGGAGGGGGAAUUGCCUUUUAAAUAUUUAGGGAUUCCCCUCACUAGCAAGAAGAUCACUGUGCAACAUUGUCUUGGAUUAAUUGAGAAGAUUGUUGGUAGAAUUAGGCAUUCGAGUUUUAGAUUGCUUAGCUUUGCAGGAAGAACUCAAUUGAUCCAAAGUGUUCUUUUUUCCACUAGUAACUAUUGGAUUCAGAGCUUGCCCAUGCCCAAAAAAGUCAUUAAGAUAAUUGAAGUUAUUUGUCAUUCCUAUCUUUGGGCUGGAACAGAGGUUAUUACCAGAAAAUCCCCUGUGUCUUGGCAAAAAUUAUGCACUCCCAAGAAGAAAGGUGGGCUCAAUAUCAUUGAUCUCCGUGAAUGGAAUAAAUUUUUUUUAGCUAAAAACCUGUGGAAUCUGAGUGGUAAGGCUGAUAGCCUUUGGAUUUGA